GAGGGAGAGAGAGGGAGAGAGGAAGAGAGGGAGAGUCAGACUUAUUCAUAUUCUGACUCCAGUUAAUGGAGCCACUCCCGUGCGUAAUGGGAUGUUUGGCUUGUUUUGACUCUUGGCGCGUGUCACAGCGUCAGCGCGCGCUCCAGUCCGUCUUAAAGAAGCUCGUGUGCACACGUCCCCUCGGUCCUCACACGUUGACUGUCACACUUCACACCGGUUCACUCUGCAGCUUCCCUCCAGGACUCUGACUGACACGGAUCUGUUGGGUUGGGUGUGUUCACGGUCACUUGAAGCGUUUUAAACAUCCGUGUUAAACACCAUUGCUAUGUUGUGGAUCUUGAACGCAGCCCAAGAUUUUUUCCUUUUGUUUCUUUCCAUGUCCAUUUGAUUUCCUGAACCAGAGUCUCCUCCACAGUGAGAAACUUUCAAAAUCACAGAUGUUAUAGGGAAAGAAACAGUGAGCACAGAAGAUUCACAGUGUUUUAGAAACUCACAUCAGCUGUUAAAAGGAUCUUAUGCAACAGUUCAGAUCAAAUCAGAUCAGCUGGUUUAGUUGAAAGCAGGUUCUGGAUGUCUGCAGCGGGGGAAGCCUGUGAUGUGGAGCACAGCCUUGCAGAAGAGAAGGACUUCCAACAGGUCCUGAACAUCUGCAGCAGUGAGGACUUUGAUGGGCUGGACUACAUGGCUGUGACCUUUCACCGCUGGCUGCAGGAGCCUGGACGCCUCGUCUUCAUCACUAGGAUGAAGAACAGAGUGGUGGCGCUGGAGUCUGCGCUGCUUGUGGACGGUGGUCAGACGGUCGUGUUUCAGGGUCUCAGGGUGGCACCUGAUUUGAGAAGUCGUGGAAUCGCUGGCGCCCUCCAGAGGCACGUGACUGCCUACAUCCGCUGCCACUACCCAGAAGUCUCUGCUCUCAGGCUGAGCCGAGGAAACGAGCCUUCACCAGAAACACUGGCCAAGUACAGACUCGUUGCUAAAGAGGCCAUCUUGUCUCUGUGCUGCGAGGCGACUGACCUCGGCCGCUUCGUCGCUGAGCUUCAGUCCAGACUCUCCUGCCAGGCUGACUCCUCCCCCGGAGGUCCAGUGACUCUGAACCAGCAGCAGGCGGAGACUCUGGUCCUGACCGACCAUGUGGUUUCCAACUUGCUGCCCGGCAAAACCAUCGUCAACGACUGGGAGCCUCUGAAGCCCGUGGAGGCCAACCUGGAGGUGCUGCGCCGCAGGAGUCUGACAUGGAUUGCAGACCGCGAGUUUGAGCCCUCAGCCAUCAGCCUGUGCACCGCACCGUACGCCGUCCCCUACCGCCACGACGCCCUGCAUUUCAACAUCAACAUCUACGGCCGCAGUUUGUCUUCGGUCUGCGCCGUGUUUCUGGCUCAGCUUGAAGCUCUGCUGCCAAGUCUCCAAGGGUACCUGAUCUUCCACACCUACGUGGACCCUGCAGUUUGGUCAGGGUUACGUCAGUUCUGCCAGAACAACGCUAAUGUGUCCUUCUUCAAGGACUACUGGGAGGACGUCAUACUGGAGAAAGACCUCUGAAUUGCCUUGGCUUUGUAGAAAUCCUUAGGGGUCCAGGGUAUCUUGAGGCUUGUCAGGGAUCCUUAAAGGGUUGCAUGGGUCAUUGAGUGUUUUCAAGGGGUCUUGAGGCAUUUUAUGUCCUGGCUCCAAACUGUGGAUGAACGGCUCUGUGUUGGUUUUCCCAGGUCCAAGUCAGUAGACUGUGCAAGAGCUGCCUGUUAAAAUGCAACAGGCUACAUCUUAAAUGUUUAUAAAAUCUCUUCUUGAAACAUCCUGUUCUGUAAAGCUUUUAUAAAUAUUUAAUAUGUUGCCAGGUUAUAAUCCCAGUUUUGUUUCUUUAUAUUUUUAACUUUAUUUUAUACCCAUUGUUUUAACAUUAAUGUUUGUUUUUAUUGUCAUGUGUUUUAUCAGUGCUUUUAUAUUUCGUCCUGUAAAGAACUGUGGAAGUUUGUUAAGAAAGUAAAUAAAUAACGUUUAUCACUA